GCGGCAGAUUCCAAGGUUGGAACUCAGUUUAUCCGUGGUGUGUCUGGAGGAGAAAGAAAAAGGACUAGUAUUGCAAUGGAGCUUAUUACUGAUCCAUCCAUCUUGUUCCUGGAUGAGCCCACAACUGGCUUAGAUUCAAGCACAGCAAAUGCUGUCCUUUUGCUUCUGAAGAGGAUGUCUAAACAAGGACGGGCAAUCAUUUUCUCCAUUCAUCAGCCUCGUUAUUCCAUCUUCAAGUUCUUUGAUAGCCUUACCUUGUUGGCCUCAGGAUGAUUAAUGUUCCACGGGCCUGCUCAGGAGGCCUUGGGUUACUUUCCAUCCACUGGUUACCACUGUGAGCCCUAUAAUAACCCUGCAGACUUCUUCCUGGACGUCAUUAAUGGAGACUCCUGUGCCGUGGUGUUAAACAGAGAAGACACAGAUGGUGAAGCCAAGGAGACUGAAGAGCCUUCCAAGAAAGAUACUCCGCUCAUAGGAAAAUUAACUGAGUUUUAUGCCAACUCCUCCUUCUUCAAGGAAACAGAAGUUGAGUUAGAUCAACUCUCAGGGGGUCAGAAGAAGAAGAAUAUCUCAGUCUACAAGGAGAUCACCUAUGCCACCUCCUUCUGUCAUCAGCUCAGAUGGAUUUCCAGGCGUUCAUUCAAAAACUUACUGGGUAAUCCCCAGGCUUCUAUAGCUCAGAUAAUUGUAACAGUCAUCCUGGGACUGGUUAUAGGUGCCAUUUUCUAUCUAAAAAAUGAUCCUACAGGAAUCCAGAACAGAGCCGGGGUGCUCUUCUUCCUGACCACCAACCAGUGUUUCAGCAGUGUGUCAGCCGUGGAGCUCCUGGUGGUCGAGAAGAAGCUCUUCAUACAUGAAUAUAUCAGUGGAUACUACAGAGUGUCAUCUUACUUCUUUGGAACACUGUUAUCUGAUUUACUCCCCAUGAGGAUGUUACCAAGUAUUAUAUUUACUAGUAUAACAUACUUCCUGUUAGGAUUGAAACCACAGGUGGAGGCCUUCUUCAUCAUGAUGUUUACCGUGAUGAUGGUGGCUUAUUCAGCCAGUUCAAUGGCACUGGCCAUAGUAGUAGGUCAGAGCGUGGUAUCCAUAGCAACGCUCCUCACGACCAUCUCUUUUGUGUUUAUGAUGAUAUUUUCAGGGCUGUUGGUAAAUCUCAGAACCGUUGUGCCUUGGCUCUCGUGGCUUCAGUACUUCAGCAUUCCUCGAUAUGGCUUUGGCUUUGCGGCUUUGCAGCAUAAUGAAUUUCUCGGACAGAACUUCUGCCCAGGACUCAAUGUAACAACAAACAGUACCUAUAGCUAUGCAAUAUGUACUGGCAAAGAAUUUCUGGAAAACCAGGGCAUCGAUCUCUCACCUUGGGGCCUGCGGAGGAAUCACGUAGCCUUGGCAUGCAUGAUUGUUAUCUUCCUUACAGUUGCCUACCUGAAAUUGUUAUUCCUUAAAAAAUUUUUCCUAAAUUUCUCUUUAAUUCACAUGAUUUACCCCACAUUAAAAAGGAAGCAUCUUGAUUUCAGUUGGAUGUCAGGGAGCGGCUCUCAGCUGAUCCCCAGCGGAGAGCUGUGUGCAGUGGUGGAGUGCUUCCGCCACAUUCCCCAGGGCCCCUGUGGCAGGAUGGAGCGGACUAAGGCCUGA